CGACUCUCAGCUCAUGUGGGACGCUCCGAAUCCCCUUUCUCCCUCCUCCUCCACCUACCCCACAACAGCUGAGGGCUAUUUCCACCACGGGCGAGGAAAAGGAGGGGUCCAACCGGCUCCGCAAUAACACAGGGGCCUAUAGCCAACUGCCAAAAAAAAAAAAAACCCUACACGUUCUAACUGCAUUCACAUGAUGACUGCAUCGAGAAGCGUACGGAGAUCUAUUUUCACGUGAUAGUUUUGGAGACCGGGAGAAGGAUCAGACAAAGCACUUUGGCCUGUGAUGGACAAAGGAGUGAUGACAACACCCUCUCUGCAGACAGAAGCAGCCACAGUCUCACUACCAACAGCGGGAUACAACAUGGAUGAUGGAUGGAUGGAGGCCGUCGUGGGAGCCGUCAUCGCCACCGUGGUCGUUGUUCUCCUGGUGGUGGUGCUGGUCGUGAUCCGAUACAUGUUCCGGCACAAAGGCUCCUACGUGACCAACGAGGCCAAGGGAACGGAGUACGCGCAGACAGCCGACGCAGCACUGAGGAGUGACCCGGUGCUAAAAGACGCCAUGGAUCAGAGCAGAAAGGAGUACUUCAUAUGAGCUUGGACUGGUUUUUAUAUAAGCUUUACAUACAAACUACAUUGGUCCAAAGACACAUAAUUCAAAAUAUUGUCAAUUUUGCACUGUUGUACUUUAUAGUUCUGAGCAACAUGUUUUUGGUUCAUAUGUAACAAAUGGACAUCUACUGUUUUAUUGCGUUUUAUGUUUGUUUAUUUAUUAUGCAAAAAAUUGAAGGGCCUGUAACUGAUUUCAAACCAUGAGUCAGGAACAUGUUUUAGUUUGAACCUUUAGCCCUGCCCACUCAGUCCUUUCUGCCACUGUGAUAUUGCACCAUGACAGAAACAAUUGUCUGGGAUUGUGUCAUGCAAUUGUUUUCUCAUAGCUCUCCAAUCUCUACCUACUAUUUGCUUUUUGUCACUCUUGAAAACGCACCGUGACAUAGAAUCAAGUGUCUGGAAUAGCGCCAAGCAGUUAGUUUCCCAUGAGUCUUAGUAACAAUACACCUGAUUGGACAAAAUUGUGGGAUUGUCAGUAGCUUCUGUAUUAGUUAUAAUCUGAGAAUAUCCUGUAUGACAUGUAAAAUAUCAUAUAAAGUGCAUUUAUCUUGAUAAAGGGCCUGUACCUGAUUUUAAUUUGUUUUUAAGUUUUAAAUCAAAUACUCCACUGGUUAACAGCUUGCAUUGUUGUUUCAAUAUAUUUCUGUAUUUUGAGCCAAAUGUACAUAGAUAUGAAUGGAGGGGAAAGGUAUCAUACGAAUAUAUAAACCACAUAAAAUUACCUAUUACUUUACUACCUACUACUUAGGAAGUAGGUAGCAUACAUUUCUAUCCUGCGGUUUAGGGAGAACUUUCAUUUUGGAUGACAGAUUUUUCCUGCCUGAGUGUUUGUCAACAGAUUGUGCCUUUCUGGACCCUGUUUCCCCUGAGACAGACAAAAUUCAGCCAACAACCCACAAUACUGCAGAAACUGUACACUAGCUCCAUAGCCUGAUAAGCCAGGAUCUUGGUGCCUCUUAAAAUAGAAGGUUCCUGCCAGUAAGCACCCCAUAUGGUACACAUUUUUGUUUUUGUAUUUUUCUUCUGUGAAAUAUUACAACUUUUAAAGAUGUUACACAGUGUUGAAUAUUACUAUAUGCUGAGCAACUGUUUUAUGUAAGUAAAAAGUUUUUAAAAAAUCAGUAAAAAGCAUGUUUUCUGGUGGCUUAC